UACAGCGACGCCUGCAGGGUGGUCAGGACAGGUGCGCGUGCGCUCAGGGAGUGGCCAUGCACGCAGGUGAACGGGGAAGAGGAAGACAGCCUGAGAAACACGGAAAGAGGAGAAGCUCUUCGAACAUCUCAAACCCUUAAUUAUGACUUAAUCUGAAAGAAGGACUUCAGGAUGGUGAAUUCGGGUAUUUGUUGUGGCAGUCUGAAGGAUGAUAAGAUCCUGAUGAAGAUGGGUUUGGGACUGGUGCUUGUGGGUCAUGUGAACUUCUUGUUGGGGGCACUGGUACACGGAGCUGUCCUCAGACACAUUAAAGUGUUCACUUGGAACAAGAAACUUGUCUACCCCAUCUCCAAUGUCAUCGCUCUUGUGGCAGGACUUAUGGCAAUUAUAGGUGGAAUCUCAGCUAUUGUUCUCUCAAAGAACAAGAAAAACCAGCUUCUGAGUUGGUUUCUUCUAGUUGUGAGUGUCUUGGCUGCUCUCUUGGGUGCUGCCUCUGCAGUGGGAAUCACCGUUGCCUCAGUGAGGGCUAUAAUUUGGGAAGGAAACACUCUGUUUACCCACUGCAACCUGCCUGCCAACAUGACCUACUACAGCAUCACAAAUGAAUGCCCCUUUGACCCCACACGCGUCUAUGGUACUACAUUAAUCCUAUGGUUUCCAUUGAUUCUGAUGUCAGUGGUGGAGGUUGUGUUCUCCUGCCGCUGUUUCUUGGCUUGCACUUCUUUCCUCCGGUUGCACUGCCCAUGGAGGAGAAAUGUCAGGGUGCGUAUCCAGUUGCCAGAAGAGACCGCAAUGCCACCAUUAGAAGAUCCAAACGAUGAGGAGCCAACAGAACAGAACGAACUACUUGACAAAGACUCCGUUGCUGUGGAGACUAGUUGUUUAUAAUUCAUAGGUAUACAUCACAUGAACGAUAGAUGAUUUUUGGAAUUCCAAUAUGACAGUGGAGCAAGAAAUACCAAGUGCCAAUGCACAUAAAAACUACUGCCCGCUAAAGUGGCUAGCAGCUGAAGAGAAGUUGUGCACUGACAGCUCUGCCUUAUUUCAGCACUAAUGUUUUGUUUUAUUCCUUAGUUUUAAAGAGUCAGACUGUGUUACCAAGGCAAAUACUAUUGAUUUCACACUGUAAAGUGCUCAAUGUUUUAUAUAUUAUCAUCAUGAACAUGUAUGAUGUGCUUGUUUUAUGUUUGUUACAUAUUUUCUUCAGUGAUGGAAUUCCUUGUUACAAUGCAUUUAUAUAAAAUAUUUUACUAUUUAAAA